UAGGCUUGUUGUUUUAGGUUUUAGAAACAACCAAUAUCAUGGUGGCCCCAAAAUGAAUAGUGAUUUAUAUAAGAAAUACAAAAGGCCUAAGCAGCAAACUCACCAGACAACCAAUCCUGAUCCACCAAGAAUAAAUAACAAUAACAGCAGAGAAAUUGCCCGAGAUGAUUCACCAGAGGGUACAUGUCCUUUAUUGGCCAAAGAUUCAGAGUGGGUGGAUAUCUUGCAAAGUCCAAUACCCCCUAAUCCCGUGCCAUCUAGCUCAUCAAAUAUUGGGGACGAAGAAGCCGUGUUACAACUUGUAGAGUGUGAAGAUGGGCCUCAAAUGAAGCCACUAGCAAUAAUGUUCCCUGGUUUACUAGAGAAAGACCCACAGACAUUAGAGGGUAUGUUAACUAAAGCAAUGUCAACUACAGAAGUUACAAAGCAUUUGGUGAAUUUGGGAGAAAAAGCCGACUUUACGUUUAUGAAGAAAUCAACCAGGUUGAUUCCAAAGGACAAGGUAAAUAAACAUAAAGUUCCGAAGUUUAACUAUAAUUGGCAUUUACAGGCAAAGUUCAUUAUACAUAUUUAUACUCAUUAAGAUGUUCUACUUCCA